AUGACACUAUUCGAAGCUCUUUAUAGGAGGGGAUGUAGGUCUCUUAUAGGAUGGUUUGAAAUUGAAGAAGUGGAGCCUUUGAGGGUGGACUUAGUGAAGCAUGCUCAGGAAAAAGGUAGGAGCAUCCAAGCUAAGCUUCUAGCGGCUCAAAGUCGCCAAAAAGAAUAUACUAACAGUAAGGUAAGGGACAUGGCAUUCCAGGCUGAUGAGAAAAUAUUACUGACAGUGUCACCCAUUAAGGGGGUAAUGAAAUUUGUUAAGAAGGGUAAACUCAGUCCUCGUUACAUUGGUCCUUUUGAGAUUUUUGACCGCGUAGGACUAGUGGCUUAUAGAUUGACUUUACCGCAUAGCUUGUCAAAAGUAAAUCCGAUGUUUCAUGUGUCAAUGUUGAAGAAGUACCAUGGGGAUAGGGAUUACAUCAUUAAAUGGGACUCAGUCUUAUUAGAUAAUGAUCUUCAGUAUGAAGAAGAGCUAGUGGUAAUCUUGGAUUGUGAUGUACGGAAGCUAAGAACCAAAGAAAUCAAGUCUGUUAAAUAUCAAUGGAAGCAUCGUCCAGUAAAGAAAGCUACUUGGGAUACCGAAAAAGACAUGCAGGACAAGUAUCCAGUUGUUCGUUGA